UUGAACGUAAACUUGUCUCGUCGUCUGCUGUUGUCAACGUCAACUUGGAAAGGCCUAGUAUUUGUAUUUAUUACAUAACUUUUUUCUAAUGUCUCAUUCAAAUACAUCUUGAAUUAAAUAUCUGGUAAAAAAUCAGAUUGAAUUUGUGUUAUUCAGGACUAAAUAUUCAGUAGUAUGAAUGGUAAAAGCUGUAGCACUCCUCUCGACUCACAAUUAUUGAUUGCUGCUGUAUUUGCCAGACCGCCUUUAUGGGAUAGAAACAACUUAUUGCAUAAAAAUAAUGAAUUUGUUGAAAGCUUAUGGAAAGAAGUGUCAACUGAACUGGAAUCACCAAAGGAAGUUCUGAAAUCACGAUGGAAAGGUCUGAAAGACACAUUUCGGAAAGAGAGCAAAAAACGUGGAACGAAGAAAUCGAAAUGGAUCCACUUCAAAAAGUUGAGUUUCCUCGAGGACAGUGAAUGCAACAAAUCUAUGAACGAAGUUGGAAAGUCAUCGGACGAAGAAACCAGUGAAGAAGUGCAAGAUCUUUCUGUGUGUGGAAUGGAGAGAGAAGAAGAAGACAAUGACAAAAUUAUUAAGAGUGUACCUGAUAGACAUGACUCAAAAGAGGGAGUGGAUAGAAAAGACCUUUUAACAGAAGUAACUGCAAUGGAAACCCAAACUAGUUUUGCUAGUGUGGGAAUCCAGGACACAGCACUAAGUGAUUCCGCUUUGAGUGCUUCUGAACAGGUAGAAUCCGAACCACGUAGGUCGUUUAUUUGGCCGAACAGUGACCAGUUUCAACGAAUCGAUGAUGACUAUCAUUUUUUCAUGAGCUUAGUGCCACAUUUCAAGCAGUUGACACCUGACCAAAAGUUAGUACUUCGUAUAAAGAUGCAAGAAAUCGUUUACAAAGAAAUGUUUGGCAGUUUACCCGACUAGAGCAGUUUGCUUCCAAGAUGAAUUAUAACUAAAAAUUAUAAUUUGUGAAUACUAUUCAAAUCUCCUCUAUUUGGCGGUAGGGAAGAACUGAAGAUUAAUCUACCAGUCUCUAGCAAUAUACUGCUUAAAUGUGUAAUGAAACAAUUCACUCAUGAUCCCGGAAUGAUGAAAAACAAAAGAGAAUUUCACUGUGGUUUUGAUCCCUGCUAGUCAAACAGAAUUCUUCCAACUCUCUAUCACAAAUAAGAUCAAGGCUAGAAUGGAAAUUGUCUAUUAAAUGAAAAAAUAUUUUAAAUU